UGCCAGCCACCGGCUUUUUAAAGGUCCACGCUGCCAUCCUCACGCCGCAGUUCUGGGUCGGCGUCUCCGAGGUCUUGUAGCAAUGGUUGACCACGUCGUGCUGUACAGCGGCGCCAAGAUGCCCAUCCUGGGUCUGGGCACCUGGAAGUCCCCUCCAGGCAAAGUAACAGAGGCUGUGAAGGUAGCUAUUGAUGUUGGGUACCGCCACAUUGACUGUGCCCACGUGUACCAGAAUGAGAAUGAGGUGGGUGUGGCCAUCCAGGAAAAGCUCAAGGAGCAGGUGGUGAAGCGUGAGGACCUCUUCAUUGUCAGCAAGCUUUGGUGCACGUACCAUGAGAAAAGCCUGGUGAAAGGAGCCUGCCAGAAGACGCUCAGUGACCUCAAGCUGGACUACCUGGACCUCUACCUUAUUCACUGGCCUACAGGCUUUCAGUCUGGGAAGGAGUUUUUCCCAUUGGAUGAGGCAGGCAAUGUAAUUCCCAGUGACAGCGAUUUUGUGGACACAUGGGCGGCCAUGGAAGAGCUGGUGGAUGAAGGGCUGGUCAAAGCUAUUGGAGUGUCUAACUUCAACCAUCUCCAGAUCGAGAGGAUCUUAAACAAACCUGGCUUAAAAUAUAAGCCUGCGGUUAACCAGAUCGAGUGCCACCCGUACCUAACUCAGGAGAAGUUACUCCAGUACUGCCAGUCCAAGGGCAUUGUGGUGACUGCCUACAGUCCCCUUGGCUCUCCUGACAGGCCCUGGGCCAAACCUGAGGACCCUUCCCUACUGGAGGAUCCUAGGAUCAAAGCAAUCGCAACCAAGCAUAAUAAAACCACAGCCCAGGUGCUGAUCCGGUUUCCCAUGCAGAGAAAUGUGGUGGUGAUCCCCAAGUCUGUGACACCUGAGCGCAUCACUGAGAAUUUCCAGGUGUUUGACUUUGAACUAAGUAGUGUGGAUAUGACCACCUUGCUCAGCUACAACAGGGACUGGAGGGUCUGUGCCUUGAUGAGCGCUACAUCCCACAAGGAUUACCCCUUCAAUGCUGAGUUUUGAAGCUGUGGCUGCCAGCUCUUCCCCGAGUAACCUCCUGUUUUUCCUGUCUCCUUUUUUCUUGCAAGUGUGGUGUGACCUGAGUCCCUAACAGUGCAUUAGUAGCCUGGUGACUAACCAGCAGGGGUUUGCCCAGCUGAAUGGGGGGUCUGAAGAGCAGUGUCUGUGGAUUAAAAGUCUCUUCCAGUUUUCUUUGCCCUUUCUUUUUGCCUAACUAGGAAAUACAACUUUGAAUACUCUUUUCUGACCAAGGAGAGGUAAAAUCUAUAAUGUCAAAAUAGUGCCACUAACAGUUGGGUUUUUGACUGCUUAGAAUUGUAUUCCUUUCAGCCAGACUUCUCCUUGCCUCAAAUAAAAAGUGCUUUUGUGAGCCACA